AUGGCACAGCAAGGCUUCGAAGAGGACCUCUUACGGAGAUGGUUCCCUCACAACGCUGAAGAGACGUUGACGCCCUUCACCGAGAUCGACAUUCGCGAGAUCGCAGACGUGUUGACUCGCUGUGCACGGGAGCGCUGGAGCCGGGUUCCAAGGCUUUAUAGCAUUCUCAGGAAGAUUGGCCAACUAGACACGAUUGACGCAUUCGUUGACAGCGACAUUACAGACGUAUACUUCCCAUUCACCAAGAGCACCCUGCCGGAAGCGCUGCGCGAUCAUUCUGCGCGACUCAGAUUCCUCGAGUUGCAACACCUCGUCUACAACCGGGAGGCACUCAAUCUUGAACGACAUGCGCCUCACGGACACUUCAGCGAUUCUACAGAGGUACCUUUCAAGAAGGUUGGAGAGCUGGGCAAAGGUGGAUUCGGAUACGUCGAUCGUGUCGUUAGCACCAUAAGUCACAAGGAGUACGCACGCAAGCUCAUAUUGAGAGGAAAGACCUUCAAGAAGGAUAAACAAGUCUUGAAAGACUUCACGAAAGAGCUGGGGAACCUCAAAAAGCUAUCUCACAAGCACCUCGUUGAGUUGGUCGGCAGUUAUACGGACAAGAGAUUCGUAGCCAUCGUCAUGCUCCCGGUAGCCGAUGCGAAUCUGCAGACGUUUCUGGAGAAAACGGAUUUUGACGAGAACUCACGAUCCUUCCUGAGGCCAUUCUUCGGCUGUCUAACCUCCGCGCUAUGCUAUCUGCACGACAACCGUAUCCGACACAAAGACAUCAAGCCGUCGAAUGUGCUCAUCAAAGGCGACCAGGUCUACUUCACUGACUUCGGAACAGCUCUCGAUUGGUCCAGCAGUGGCAGUAGCAUCACAGCGACAGCAGCGCCUACGACUCCCCGUUAUUGCGCUCCUGAAGUCAUGGCCUAUACUGAACGCAACUCAUCGUCUGAUAUCUGGUCCUUUGGUUGUGUAUUCCUAGAGAUGUGGACAGUCCUACGAUCCCGCACGCUUGAGGAGUUGAAAACAUACAUGACCACUCAUGGCUCAUGCGCAAAUAGCUAUCACUCAAACCUUGAAGCCAUCACUGGUUGGAUCAAUGUCCUUCGGUCGUCAGCAGGGCCAUCAAGUGACCUGAUUCCGUCGACCUGGAUUGAGAACAUGUUACGAGAGAAGCCAACGGAACGUUGGAACGUCCAUGUGCUUGAGGACCACAUCGAAGAAGCCUGCAUGGACCCGAAUGUGCAGCACAUGUUUCAAGGCAUAUGUUGCCUCCAAUCGGCCGAGGAUACUUCAGAAAUCGAAUGGACGUCUGCCGAAGAUGAAGAAGACACACUCCUGGUUCACUCGCAAACUCAUGAUGCACUUGACUCCAAGAAAAUUCAAGAGGCACGCGAGGGGCCAGAUCUGGUUCAAAGCAUUUCGGAGCAUAGAUUUGAAGAUGAUGAAGCACAAGUCUCUUUGAGCGCGACAGAUGAAGGCGGCAUUGACCCAAAUAUCCUCAUGCAGAUGUUCGCCGGCAUGGGCGGAGGUAUGGGAGGCGGCCGUGGCGGCGGAGGUGGUUUCCACUUCGGCUCCGGCGGCGGUGGAAGUCCUGCACCGUAUUGCGAGACUGAGAGCGAGUCGUCGGCGGAAGAAACAGAUGCACGCCUUGCUCAGAAGCCAGAUCAACAAGCUGAGGGCAUCCCAGAUGAUCUUUCUGACCAUGACAGCGUAGAAAGCAAAUGGUCCACGCGCGCCCAUCGGGGACCCGUCCUAGACGACGACCGUUCAAAUGUUGCGAACAAUGCUGAGACUGGACAAAAGAAUGGUUGGAUGCCACGCCUAUCUUCGACCGACGGGACAAUGGCUUCGAGCGAUGAGUCGGAUCAAGAUCAGACCGACUCUCAAGAUAAGCUUGAUACUCACACUUUCGGAGAAGAGCCGAUCCAAUCGCCAGAGAAUUCUCAGACUGAUGCUGAAUAUAGCUCAAAAACCUGGCACAUCACAUUCGGAAUUGGUGCACAGAGACAGGUUCCAAUCAGCAUCGAUCUCGUUAUUUAUGUCCUGUUGAAGGUUGCUAUAACCGGUACUCUCAGUCAGAUGUGUUCAGACUGCAUAUGCAAAGACGACACGGUGCGCCUGCAGUGA